CCUCCAGUAUAUAAGCCCCGGCCCCAUGUCUGCCCACAGUUGAACCAGCCUACAGUAGACACCACACACUAUGGUCAGCAUGGGCUUUCUCACAGCAACUCUUGCAUUCUGCCUUCUAUUGGGCUCCACUGCCUCCCUGCCCACAGACUUUGAGUACGAGUGUUCUAACCUGCCCGACAACUUCCUGUACUGGUGGGCGUGUGGCUCCUAUGGCGUGUGCCGUGGUGGUCAGUACGUGCAGGUGGACUGUGUCAAUGGCACCAUCUACGACAGACGUGCCGGGGACUGUGUGCCCAACACUGAGGUCGUGUCGUUCCCCUGCAACUCUAUCCCCCGACAGUGUGAGUCGUACAACGGACCCGGCCAGCGCUAUGCCGACCAGGAACACGAUCCAGUAGAGAGCUUGCCACCCUGCACGUUCUACUUCACCUGCUCUUAUGGCAGAUAUUUAGGCCACCAGAGGUGUAGUGAAGGCACUGUGUACGAUGAGCCCCAACAACGAUGUCUGCCACCUGCCGAGGUCGCCUCUCCUUGUGGAACUAUGCCUGCAGGCGGCAGACCACUGAGUAUACCUGGGGACACAGUCGAGUCCAGACAGAUGGUCCACCCUGUGACUGACCCUGAGGGUAAGCCUGACCAGCAGAAGUGGCCGUUCACCAACAACAACCGCAACCCACGUAGCGACAACCGGGCCCAGAGACUCAACUACAGAUCUGUGGACAAAGCCGCUCCACAGACCAACUUUAACCCCAACAACUUCAACCCUUCUGAGUACGGCAUUCACGUGGAUGGCAACGACAAAUAAAUGGAAAUCAAAUCUAUGUGGGACUACCGCCAUUACUGGUCUGAUCAAACUUCAGAUCACUCCCCCACCCCCUAACCACUUCCCCGUCUACCGGCACCUCCAUAGCAGUAUUGUGUUGCCAUUUCCUGACUCAUCUUCUUGCGUUUACUCCACCCCCCCCCCCCCCCAGACUUCAUUUGUACAUCGAUGAUGUACACACUAGAUUUUUAAAUAGAUAAAAUGUUUUUAUUGAUCGUUUUAUCUUACCCAAUAUUCAUAAUCUUUGAACUGCAGAAGUUGUUCUAACAAAAAAAUUGUAUUCACUCACACCAUGGCAAACCCCAGCCCUAAAGUCAUUGGUUUAACACACUGUACAUACCAUUCGACUUGAAGUUGUUGACUCGUUGUUUUCUAAAACGUUUUUGAAUAAAAAAAUAUUCUGAACAUUAAA